AUGCUGAAUAUCAUAUUAUUAUGUUGGAUAUGUUGGCUGUUUUGGGCGGGUCUUCCAACACUCACAGCUUAUCCUGUAUCAUCCUCUGUGCGAACGGGUAUGUGAUUGCACAUUUGAAUAUCUAUUUUGAUAACAAAACUGCCAGUUAGAGGUUAUUUCGCUUGUAACAGAUUUGCCAUACUCUUAUGCUUCAUCAAAAUGGGAACGAUACUGGAUACAAUAUACUCUUGGUCUUUUGAGUGUUACUGCUACAGCAUUUACUUUGGUUGGUUGCCUUUGUUGUCGAAGACCUAGAAGACCCAAGGGAUUUCAGGAGUUCAAAGAUGGAAAUAAUAUUGGUCAAGAAUCAGUAUUUGAACAUUCUUUCGAAGGUUUGGAAUUGAAUGUUCCACAUAUGUUAGCUCUUUCAGAAAGAGUACAAUUUGAACCUUUGCCUGUAGAGCAUAUUAUAUCUGGACCUAGAAAUGUUUCAAAACCUAAACCAUUACCUUUAUCGACGUCUUUUUUUGAAAAACAUGAUUCUGAUUCUAAUACUCUCCCUGAACAUUGUCAUGAAUGGUUUGAUGCACAGGACUUAUGCGUACCUAGAGAGAAAUUAAAAUAUUUAAGAGAAAUUGGUCAUGGUUGGUUUGGAAAAGUUGUUGAAGGUCGUGCAGAUUUAGAAGGACAUAAAAGGACUUCUAAAAAUGGUGGUGUUGUUGUGAGAAUUCUUACAGAAGAAGCUACUAUGAAGGAAAAGGCUUGGUUUCUUGGAGAAGCAACUCCAUAUUUGAAACUACAUCAUCAGAAUAUCUUGGCUUUACUGGGUUUUUGUUUGGAAACUGAUCCAUAUCUGUUACUAUUUGAAUCAUGUUCAGCAGGUGAUCUUAAAGAUUUAUCUGCUAGAAAUUGUUUAGUAGCAUCAGACUUAUCAGCAAAAUUGGGAGAUUAUGGGACUGGUGUAGAAAAAUAUCCUGAAGAUUAUUAUGUAGUUGGAGAUCGUGCAUUACCCAUUAGGUGGUCAGCACCAGAAAGUGUAGAGUGUACUGAUACUACUAUUGAAACAAGAGAAAUUACAUCUCAAGCAAAUAUAUGGAGUUAUGCUAUUUUUCUUUGGGAAAUUAUUACAUGGGGAAACAGACCAUACCAUGAUAAGAGUGAUGAACAAGUAAUUCAAAUGCUUUUACCUUUAAGAACUGAUCUUUUAUCAAAUGGUAUACAAGUGCUGCAAACAUACCUAGAAAAUUGUCCACCAAAUAUAUAUCAAGCAAUUCAUUUAUGUUUGAAUUUAAAUCCACAGAAAAGACCAAAUUUGGACGAGAUUAAGCAACUUCUUUUGAAUGAAUAUACAGAAUACCUGGAUUUUGAACAAAGAUGGGAGAAUUUACGAGUUAAUGCUAAACAUGUUCGAAGUGCUAGUUUGCAAGAUCUUCGAGGAAGUAUCGAUUCAGAUUAUUGGACCACUAUUGUUGAUGAUACACCACGCCAGUCGUCAUUUCGACUCGGACCCAAUGAACUAGUAAAAAAUAUACCAAAUGUUAAAAAUAUUAUUCAUCAUGAAUCUAGUUCCGAAACUGAAGAAGAAAGUUGGAAAGGACGAAUUGAACAAGGAGUUUAUACAGAAAAAGUCAAACAAAAAUCCAAAUCUGUUACUGACUUAAUGGUACUUGUACAUAUCGAUUUUGAUUCUGAUGCAGAAUUAUCGCUGGGUGCUCAAAUGUCGGAAAAAUAUGGGAAAAAAAAAUUGCCCGCUACCGGCAGUGAUAGUGAUCUUAGGCACAGCCUCCAUACAGAUGAAUUUGAUGAAACAUUAAGAAAAUUACGCGAUCCUUUGCCAAAUAAUACUUGUAAUAAAAUCAGAAUGCUAGAUAUUUCAGAAAAGCCAAAAUUAUUGACAUUAACCAUGGAUCAAGCUCAAACUCCGAUUUUGAGAUUAUCUUUAAAUGAUAAAGAAUCUGAUAUUAGAUCUAUUGCAAAUGCAACUACAGAAACACGUAAUGAAAAACAUGUAUUAAGACUCUUAUCAAAAGGAGAUCCUAAUCUUCCUCUUUUACGUUAUGUACCUGAUGACACAUCUUGUGAAAUGCUAAAAGAAAACAAGUUCCAAUCUAAUGAUACAUCUAAUUAUGAAAACAGCAAUAAUAUAUGUAAUUUUCCUAAUAACAUGUCAGUUACUUUUGGGACUAGUGAAAGUAAUGUAGUUGAUGUUGCACUUUGGAAUCAUGUAUUAGAUUCUGCUUUAGAAAAAAAGGUACCUGGUUUCUUGGAUGAAGGUGAGUUUAACGAAUAUAUAGAAUCUUCAUCUAAACAAGAAAAUACUACUGCAUCAGAAUUAACUACUGAAUCUAUGUCAGAUACUUUACAAUCUCAGAAACACUCUACAUAUAAUGCAAGUGAUAAAUUUUCUAAUGAAGAAGAUACAGACAUAAACAGAAGAUGUGUACCAAAUGAAGAUGAAGAAGAAAGAAAACAAUUAUCCACACCUGAUGACGAACAAAGUUCUGAUUCUGGAUUUAGAGAUAAAGAAUCCUGUGAAGAAGAAGAAAAUGUUUAUCCUUUAAUUCCUUCCACCUCUACUGAUAAUUCUGCAGUGAAUAUACCAGCAUGUACUGAAGAAGAACAAUUACAAAUUUUAUUCGAACUGGAUACUAUUCUUGAUGCAGAAUACUAUGCAACACUUCCUAGUUCUGAAAAAACAGAAAAUUUAACUUCAAUUAAUCAUACAGAAAAUAAAAUUCUUUCUACAAAUGAAGACGAAUCUGAUUCUAUUCAUACUAUAGACACUAUAAUUGAAAUAGAGAAUAAUGAAAAUACUCCUAAUAUUAAUUUAGUAGAAGGUAAUAUUAUAAAAUCAGUAUCAGAAGAUAAACAAGAAAUACAAACAGAAAAUGUUACUGAUAUCACGGAAAUUACCGAACCAAAAAAUUCAAGUGAUAUCAAUUCUCUUUCUCAAGAAAUAGAUUUACAACAUAAUAGAACACAACAUAAUAUAAAAACAGACGUCGAAUAUUUCAAAGAACAAGAUGGAUUAAAAUAUUUACAAAAUAAAGAUGAAAAUGAAAUUAAAAUUAAAAUUAAAAAUGAAAUUGAAAAUAAAAAUGAAAAUGAUAUCAUUAUUACUAUAAAAGAAUCUGAAAAUAAAGAUAUAAUUGAAAAUAAAAGUAAAUGUGAAAAUGAUAUUGAAAAAAAUGAAGAAAAUAUAAGUGUAAAUAAAAAUAAAAAUAAAGUUGAAGAUAAAAAUGAUGAAGAAAAUGAAGGUAAAAGCAACAAACAUGAAAAUAAUAUUGAAAAUAGUAAUGAAAGUGAAAAUGAGAAAGAAAUAGAAAAAAAAAAUGAAAAUGACAUUGAAGAUGAAGAUAGUUCUACAAUGAGUUUACGUAGUGAUAAUUCUUAUGUAUCAUUUGACAUAGAAGAAGAGUUUGUAACUGCAAUUCGAAAUGAGCUUAGAGAGAAAUUGCCUUGUGCGCAGAUGUCUGUUAUAGAACCAUUAGAAGCUCAUGAUAAUGAUCCUUCUAUAGAUUGUAAACAUUGGGAUGAUGAUGAUAGCGAAGAUUCUUCUAAUCAAGGUAGUGGAGGAGUGGGCAUUUCAAUAAGGUAUAAUGUGUAUGAUUCGCCACUCAGUCCAAUCCAAGAAGAACGAGAAAGUACUCUGACCUCAGAGUCUUUAAUAUCAAAUUCUAUAGAUACAUCAAUUGCUUCAAAAGAAUCUGUUACUUCAGAUGACGUCUUAUUAGUUGAUACUCGAACAAAUAAAAUGAUUUUAUUAGAAGGAUUAGGAGAAAAACUACAAGAUGAUGAACGAGAUACAACUAAUGGAGAUUUAUCUGAAGAAGAAAAUUUGGAUUAUAAUUGUUCGGUAGUUCGUUCUCGUGAUGACAAAUCUCAUAUUAUGGUUGCAAGUGGUGGAGCACCUUUACCAAGUCCAGAGGAAGAAACUAAAUGGCAACAAUUACCUCCAUCUUUUCCGUUGCCAUUGCCUUUACCAUUAGAAGAUGAUUUAAUGUCAACAAGUUUUGGAACAGAGCAUGGAUGGGGUAGUCAGGAUGAAGAUGAUGAAGAAGAAGAGGAAGAAGAUGAAGAAGAAGAGGAUGAAAAUAAUAGCUCUAGUUCUGGAGAAUUUGUCUGGAAAAGAUAUAAUGAAUCCCAUGUUGAGCAAGUUCAAAUUCGAAGUGUAAGUAAUAAUGAAGAAGCAAUAAUAGAUGCUGAUGUAGAGGAUGAAAUAGAUGCAGAGGAAGAAGGGGAAGGUGAAGAAGAAGAAGAAGAGGAGGAAGAAUUUACACCAUCAGCUUGGAAUGCAACAUUAGAGCCUCAUCGUUCUGCAUUAAGAUCUCCAGAUAAAACAUUAAAAUCUAAUGAUCAAAAGAAGAGUGUAUGGUUUAAGAAACAACGCUAUCACUGUGUAUAUGAAUAUCCAAAGGAAACAAUGGCUAUAGAAACUCAAGGAGAACCAACUACUACUUGGGAGCCAACUUCAUAUAGUGGAAAUGAAGAAUUUUUUGUGAGCAGUUCAAAUCGUCCGUUUCAAUUUCAAACUAGCGAAAGUAAAUAUGUAAGUCAAUUCUUUCCUGGUGCGUCUACAUCAAUGACUGAAGAACGAGAUGAAAUAGAUGGUGAUCAACAAGGAAUACCACAAAAUGGAAUAGACUUGUUAACUGACUGUAGUCAGAGUCAACAAUAUCAAUUAGGAGAGUUGAGGCACACUAGAGAUCGCUUAAAAUUGAAUUUAUCUAUAACUGAUGCAUCUUUUGUUUCUAUUAAACAAACGAAAGAGAAUAAUAUAGAGCAUGAUACAGAAAACGUGUCGGAAUUCUCAGAAAAUAUAGACUUUACGCAGGACCAACAUAUUCUAUCAAACUCCUUGAAUUAUAAUAUGUUACCAACGGUGCCUCCCAAAGACAUUCAAGAAAAAAAAAGUCUUGAUCCGACUUCUUCAAAAAGUGCCCAAUGUGAUAGUCAACAAAAAAUUGAACCUGUCGACAAGUGUAGUGUUUUGACUCAGAACUAA